ACGGGUGGGGGGGAGGAGGAGGAACGGAGAAUGAGCUAUUCUUGCACCAGCAGGGGCAACAGCCAGGACCCAUCGAGCGCCAAGGAGCCUGCCGCUGAUAAUCCGGCCAGAGACGCCGGCGGAGACGCGGACAGCGGCGGCGGCGACGGCAGCCCGAGGCGCACGGCGGCGGCGAUGAGGGUGAAGAAGGGAUGCAACUCGACCGACGUGGGGGUCCCGAUGACCACGGAGGAGGACCUGCGGGCCGGCGCGGUGGUCAGCCCGGAGGGUGUGCUGGGUCUGCAGAGGAUCACAGAGAAUUAUCUGUGCAACCCGGACAAGAACAUUUACAACAUCGACUUCACCAGGUUCAAGAUCAGAGACAUAGAGACGAGCACGGUGCUGUUUGAAAUCACCAAACCUCCCACAGAUAAAUCAGGGGAGAAGAGGAAUAUCGACCCGAACGCCGGCCGGUUUGUCCGUUACCAGUUCACCCCGGCUUUCCUCCGGCUGCGGCAAGUUGGAGCCACCGUUGAGUUCACAGUCGGAGACUUGCCCAUAGAAAACUUCAGGAUGAUCGAGAGACAUUAUUUCAGAGAGAAGCUGCUCAAGAGCUUCGACUUUGAGUUUGGCUUCUGCAUGCCGAGCAGCAAGAACACCUGCGAACACAUCUACGAGUUCCCUCCUCUGUCUGAGGACGUCAUCAGGGAGAUGAUCCUGCACCCGUACGAGACGCAGUCCGACAGCUUCUACUUUGUGGACAAUAAGCUGGUGAUGCACAACAAGGCAGACUACUCGUACAACGGUGGGACGUAGAGGCGACACACACACACCGACACGAGACAGAUGGACGCACGGGCGGUCGUGAGCGAGGAUCAGAGAAAACUGACUGUUGCUCCAAUCGUCUCUCCUGCUCCAUCUCUGUCUCCCUCUGAGAGAAUUCCACAGAGGAAACACCCGUUCAAAUGUGUCAGUUGAAUUGUGAGUUGAGUUUGUCUGAGGCCUAAAAAGACGUCCGCACAAACACACACAUAGUUCACAGCUCGGUGUGACGUGUGUGUUUGUAACAAAGUGAGAAACGUCAUGAAGCAAAAAACUGGAAAAACUCUGUAUCUUGAAAUAUUGAUAGAAAUUAUUUUUUUUCAUAGAUGUACAUGUUAGAAACAAAUCAUCCAAAAACGUGUGUUUUUAGGACUUAGAUUCAACGAGUGUGUGUGUGUGUGUGUGUGUGUGUGUGUUUCUGUACUAGCGCUGGGUCGAUUUCUGGUUUUGGUUUGGGAGCUUAACCCUGAGGCGACAUUUGUGAUAAUGACAGGUUCUGGCAAAUUAAAAAGUAACCUACACCAGCAAACUGUGCAGACAGUGUCAUGUCGCAAAAUCCAACCAUUAACCAGUAACCACCGUUCAUCAUGAAAAGUAGGACAACAUAAUAAAUAACACUUGAAUGGUGGAGGGCACACCUCCGCCAAUUAGUCCCCUUAUGAAACCACAUUUAGAUUCUCUAGCACCAGAUGUCACACACUCAUAAAUAUCAGAAAGUGAGAAGUAUAAACACAUCCAGGACGUAAAGGCAGAGUAGUGAGAAGAUUAGUUCUCAUGAUUCAGACUCAUUUAACUGCUUUUUAACGACUGUAUUAUAGUUAUGUUAUAAUGUAAAAUGAGAGGCCUCCGAUGAAAAACUCAUAACAUGUGUGGACGAGGGAAGUGGAAGUGAGGAAACUUAUUUGGGAUUCAUCUUUCCAUCUAGUGUCUAUUAUCAGUUUUUGACCAUGUUGGAAUCUUUGUGCUCCAAGUAGCAUCUGCUGGAUCAAGUGCGACACCUAAUGGUAAAAGUCGUUAUACCAGUCUGGUGUGAAUUUGGCUUAUAGAGUCAAAUCGGUUUGUUUGGUUUUUUACACCGGCCCAACCCUACUGCACAGUGUGUGUGUGUGUGUGUGUGUGUGUGUGUGUGUGUGUGUCUGUGUGUGUGCGUUUGAAGUAUGAUUACUGUGUGUGGUAGAAAUAUAUGAAUUUAAAUGUCAGUUGUGUGGCCAUCAGGUUUAAAAAGGUCUAAAUAGAUUUCAAUCUGUUAGCACAUUUUCUUCAGCAGACAGUAGUUAGCUCUUAGUUAAUGUUUCCUUUUUACGUCUGUUCUUUAUUUCUUAUUUCUCAAGUCGCGGGCCCUGUGUUGACCGUGUGGGGACCAGCUGUUUGUGUUUACUGUCACUGUUCAAAGCACAGCGACUCUCUGGAGGCGACACUGAGGAAACAGUGAACUGAUUUGAGCUUGAGCGUUGUCGUCCGUGCACCCGCUGUACUUUUCCAGUCACAUUGUUGCAUCCUCAUCGUCCAGGUUAACGUCUCGCCUUUCAGGAACUUCAUAGGUAAAGAAAAUGAUUAUAAAUGUUUGGUAUGUCUAAGUCAUGAAGGAAAGGCCUGUGGAAUGUAGCAGAAGACUCUCAGAGAACAAAUCACCCCCAGAAAUCUCACAUAUAUAUAUAUAUAUAUAUUGUGUGUGAUGUAAAGUUUGUCUCUACUUUAAUUCUUGUUUCAUUUGUCCAUUUUCUCAUUUUUUGUGUUGUUUCUGAAUCUCAUACGUUAUUUUUGGUCCGGAAUCGUUCCUGAUACUUUUUUACCGGAGUGUUUUGAUCUGCUGUUAUUUGAGGGCAGUUAUUUAAUAAUCACCUUCACAUCACAAAGAAAAUCAGUAACUAAACUACCAAACCCAUUGCACCGACAUUGCAAGUAGCUUACAAAAAAAAUAUCUUUUCCCUCUUACAGACGUGGCCGAGAGGAAAUUACUUGAAUGCGCCUGUUUGAUUCAUUCAUUGGUCCAAAGUUAAUAAAAUCUAACCAAGGGUUGGAGACACAUUAGCAGCAAAAAGUAGUGAAACAUCGCAGGAGGGAACUCAGGUUGGCUCGAGUCCACUUGAAUGUACAGCAGAUGUAUUUAUGACCUACUUUGAUUUUGAGUCGAGGUCAAGUUUUUGACGAAUCAAACGUUGGUGAGAUGAAUUAAAAAAUAAACAAAGAUUUAUGGGUCUUUUUUGAAAUA